AUGGCUGAUAUCAUCAAACAGAAUACGAUCACUAUCAAAUGUUCAAAUCCAACGAAAACUGAUGACUGCAUAACAUGUAUGGCCGUUGAAUCAAAUACAAAGCAAUAUCCAAUCAGUAUGAUUUGGGUCUAUUCGAAUUCUGAAAAUUUGUCAAAAGCAGAUUUUUUGCCAACAGAACACUUAAAAACUACUCUAUCGGAUGCUCUAAAUUAUUUUCCUAUAUUAGCUGGUCGUAUCACAGAAGAUGCAAAAGGAAAUGCUACUAUUCACUUGACAAAUGAAGGUGUUAUUUUUACUGAAGCAACAUGUCCAAAUCAUACUUUAGACUAUUUUAUACCAAGAAUGCCACAGGACGAAGAAUUCGAUUAUGAACAUAUUAAUACAAGUGAUUUAGCAGUAAAAGUAAGCAACGAUUGGACAGGACCUUGCACAUCGAUACAAGUAACACGUCUGAAAUGUAAUAGUGUUAUUCUAAAUAUAUCAGCUUUUCAUUGUUUAAUGGAUGCACAAAGCAUGUCGCGUUUCAUAAAUACGUGGGCUUCUAAUAAGCCUCCGAAAGCGCUGCCAAUGUUCGACAAAACGUUCGUCUUGUAUCCUACAGAACAACAACGACAAAGGAUCAAUUUGUUGACUCGGCCAAAGAACUGUGUUUUCAAUCGAGACUUCAAUCUAUCUUCUAGUUCAGCAUUCCUUGAAGUUCAACAACAACAACGCGUUAUCUGCAAAGUUUAUUUUUUCUCUGCCAACGAGCUGAAAAAUCUUAAAAACGAAGCAUCAAAAGGGCUAUCAGAAUCAAUUGAUUACAUCAGUACCUACGAUGCACUUUUCGCUCAUUUGAUUUUAGUAAUCGCAGCAGCCACUCAAACUUCAUUGAAAGACAAUAUCAAAGUCCUGCAAUCAUUGAACGGUCGACCGCGCUUCGUUUCUUCUUGUUCAUCAGCUGUUCUUAACUAUUUUGGCUCAUUUCCAUUUUGGCUCUAUGCCGAAAUACCGUCAGAAAGAGAGCCAACUCUUUCAUCAUUAGCACAAUUAAUACAUGAAAUGCAUUCCAAACAGACUGAGCAUUCCAUACGAGAUUAUAAUGCUUAUUUAAUGAGUGGCGAUGGAGAUAUACAAAAAAGUCGAGUAGAUGCCGAUAUAAUUAACCGAGAUGUGUAUUGUGGAUCAUGGCGAAAAGAAAAUUUGUUAGAUCCUAAUUUUGGUAAUUCAGGAUUUCCUGUCUACAGCGGGCCAACUCAGCAACUCUAUCCAAGAUAUUUUCCGAUGAUGGAUACGCAUAAGAAAGAUGGCUCAAUCAAUAUUUUACUCGGAUUACGCGAGCAAGAUUAUGAACGAAUGAUACAACAAAAUAUUCUACAUAAAUAUCGAUAA